AUGCUUAAGAAGCAGAAUUCAAUCCGUAUUGGAUUUUGUUUGAUUAUUAUUCUACUGUUAAGAGGCAUAUUCCGGAACUCGAAACCGCCAAUGUCAGCUAAAAUGAGUAGUCCCGUGGUAAUCAUUGGAUCAGGUUUAGCUGGUUUGAGCACAGCUAAUCAAUUGGUUAACAAAUACAAAAUUCCAAUCUUGUUGAUGGAUAAGUCUGCUUCUAUCGGUGGAAACUCGAUAAAGGCGUCUAGUGGUAUCAAUGGAGCUGUAACUUCCACCCAAAAGGCGCUUCAUGUCGAUGACAGCGUCGAUUUAUUUUAUCACGAUACUUUGAAGUCAGCCAAGGGCCUUGGUAGCUCCAAUUUGAUGUUGAAAUUAUCGCAAGAGUCCAGCAAUGCAAUCAGUUCGCUCCAGAAGGAUUUCGGUCUCAAGUUAGACCUCUUAUCCCAGCUAGGUGGUCAUUCUCAACAGAGAACGCAUAGAUCAUCUGGAAAACUGCCACCAGGUUUUGAAAUUGUGCAGGCGCUAUCGAAAAACUUGAAGAGCCUUGAAGAGGCCGACUCUCCACUCGUCAAGAUUCUUCUCAACAGCACACUUGUCGACGUUAAUAUAAAAGACGGGAAAGUUUACUCUGUCAAAUACGUUGACGACAAGGGCGAAACGCAGACUCUGGCCACUGACAGUGUCGUUUUUUGUUCUGGUGGAUUUGGUUAUUCAACGGAAAUGCUUGAGAAAUACGCUCCUCAGUUAAAGCAUUUGCCAACCACUAAUGGAGCCCAGACUACUGGAGAUGGACAGCGCCUAUUAGAGCAACUGGGUGCCGAUCUGAUCGAUAUGAGCCAGGUUCAAGUACAUCCCACAGGAUUCAUUGACCCAACCAAUCGUUCUAGUAAUUGGAAAUUUCUUGCUGCGGAGGCCCUGAGAGGACUCGGUGGUAUUUUGAUAAAUCCUCUCACUGGGAGAAGGUUUGUGGACGAACUGGGUACCAGAGACAAAGUGACCGCGGCCAUCCAGGAGAAAUGCCCUCAGGAUGAAAACAGAGCAUACCUCGUAAUGAGCGAGUCAGUUUACGAGAACUACAAGGACAACAUGAACUUUUACAUUUUCAAGAAGCUUGUCCAGAAGUCUAAUGUUCAGGAAUUUGCUCAAGAUUUGCCCAUUACAGUCAAGGAACUCCGUCAAGUAUUGCACGGCUACUCGACCCAAACCCAAGAUGAAUUUGGCCGCACCCACAAAAUCAAUACCUUUGGCGAAAACCUACAAGAAUCGACUACGAUCUACGUCAGUGAAAUCACACCUGUCGUCCAUUUUACCAUGGGCGGUGCCAAAAUUAACGACAACGCACAAGUACUCAAUAAAGAAGGCGUUCCUGUCGCCGAGGGCCUAUUUGCGGCGGGUGAAGUCUCUGGUGGUGUUCAUGGAGGGAACAGACUCGGUGGAUCAAGUUUGCUCGAAUGUGUGGUUUUCGGAAAAACAGCUGCUGAUUCCAUUGCUCAUCGUCUUGGAAAUGAUUUCUGA